UCUCUCACACACACACACACACAUUUCACGCACUAACGCAGUUCAAUUCCCACCGCCAUGCCCAUGGCCUCCACCAGCUACGCCGCGCUGUGCUCUUCCCCAGCCAGGCCUUUCUCCUCCUCGCCCAAUCAAAUCCCAUUCCCUUGCUGUCUGCUGAAGCUCACAUUCCCCGAUGCCAAAAUUCCCUUCCUUUGCGCACCAAUUGCUCGAUCCAAUGCAGGACUACCAGUCUUCGUCGCCAAAGCCUCCAAAGCGGAGCCUCAGUCGUCCGAUUCGGAACAGUACGAAGAGUACGAGGUGGAAUUGGUGCAGCCGUACGGGCUUAAGUUCGCCAAGGGCAGAGACGGAGGGACUUACAUUGAUGCAAUCGCGCCGGGAGGAUCGGCCGAUAACACCGGCAUGUUCACUGUCGGGGAUAAAGUGCUCGCUACUAGUGCAGUUUUCGGGGAUGAAAUAUGGCCUGCUGCUGAAUACGGGAGAACAAUGUACACAAUGCGCCAAAGAAUCGGCCCUUUGCUCAUGAAAAUGCAAAAAAGAUAUGGAAAGGUGGAUAAUACGGGUGAAUUGUCGGAAAAGGAAAUCAUUAGAGCCGAAAGAAACUCUGGUGUUGUUAGCAACAGAGUGAGGGAAAUCCAAAUGCAAAAUUAUUUGAGGAAAAAAGAGCAAAAGGAACAGAGAGAGACUGACCUUCGUGAAGGUUUGAAGCUCUACAGGAGUGGAAAAUAUGAAGAGGCUUUGGAAAAGUUUGAGUCAGUAUUGGGAUCAAAACCGGAGCCAAAUGAAGCUGCGGUAGCGAGUUAUAAUGUAGCUUGCUGUUAUUCAAAGCUCAAUCAGAUACAAGCUGGACUUUCGGCCCUCGAGGAUGCUUUGGAAGCCGGAUUCGAAGAUUUUAAGAGAGUCCGAACAGAUCCAGACCUUGAAAACAUCAGAAAAUCGGAAGAAUUCGACCCUCUUGUGAAGAGAUUCGACGAAUCAUUUAUCAACGAGAACGCGAUCAACACUAUCAAAUCUCUAUUUGGAUUUAACAAGAAAUAAAUGUCUGGAGUUCAUUUGCCGUUACAAAACGAACACAAAAGCUUCGCUGAAUAAGCAAGAUUUCGACAUUACGGACAAUAAUCGACCGUUCGAUUCUGUGUGGAAUAGUCAUAGAGCUUUGUUACUUUUUUUUGCAGUGAAGUUUUGUUUUUACUUUGUAAAUUGUUUCUUGUAACUACAUAGCUGACUCCUGUAUUGAGGCCAAAGCAAAUGCCCAUAUUGCUGUUGAUUUUAAUCCACACUCUUUCUUAUAUAACAGCUAAAGCUCUUUUCCCCCCAGAGAAUUUUGUUGGUUCAAAGUUGAGAGGUUAUCA